UGUACGUUGAGCGGCUUUCAUAAUGUGUAUAGCGUGAAAUCUAAAUGGGCGACCUACGUCUGGAUUACACCAUCUGCUUUGCGCUUCAGUUACAUAUUGUAAGCAAUUCCGACAACGCAAACAUGUGUGAGCGGUGUGUAAUAAUAGUAUACAACGACGUGCACAAAUAUAACCUCUAUAUAAUCUAGACAUGCGGUUUACGCAUAUUAUGUAUGUCUUACAAAUACGUAACAUAUAUUAGCAUUCUUAAAUAUAAUACAUUUUGAUAUAACAUUUACACAAAUGAAACAACACAUCCGAUGUGCUUGGAAACAGUGGGAUUUGGAUUAAUUGACUUCGGUGUCUUCGGCAUCACUCUAGAUGCGUUAAAUGCAAUUGAAGACGGCAAACCCAUAACGCUUAAGUGCAACACACACUCGACUGAUCUUUUAUUCAUAGUUUCUAAAUGCACACCCGAUGAAUGCACUUCUAAAGAUUUGGCUGAAUGUGUAUUUAUCCUACCACAUUGCAUGUUUUACGACGCUCAAAACUUAAAUUAUUAUGCCAUCCAAAACACGCGCGAUGGAGCAGAAUUGACAAUAACAUCGUUGACUGCACAGCAUUAUGGUACCUACACGUGUGCUGAAAUACAUGAUACAGAAAACAACGCGACUUUGCAAGUUUAUGGAUCAAAGAAAGAUGCAAACCACACAAUCGCCUACACGGUGGCUUCUAUUGGUGCUUUCAUAGUUGUCGUGUGUGCGUUUACCAUUUGGUGCAUUCGUUGCAAACAACCUGCUAGCAAUACGUAUUUUGCCGUCGCAAGGAAUCAUGAUAACUCUUUGACAACCAGUGGGAACGAAGAAAAUAAAAUUCAGCAAGUGCGAAUAGUAGUUCCUGAACAAGAUAAUUUGGAUGCACAAAAUCGUGGGCCUCAAGAUGUAAACGACAUAAGUCGACAUGUUCAAACGUCUGAUGACGAAAUAGCGAGACCAAAUGAUAAAACAUACAAGCAGCCGACAAUUCUUCCUCCCAAAAAAACUCAAAGACAAGGCAGAACUGGUUUUUCAACAUGGGGUCCAACACGCAGUCGCGAUAACGGUGAAAAUAUUCUUUCCAUAUUCAAAAGAUCGGAUUCCCUCAAAAAUGUUAAUGUUGGGUUCCUGAAAUCACAAUUUGAAGAAAAAGAAAAGCAAAACCGACCAACAGCGAAUAUUAAUUCAACUUAGUUGCCAGAUUAUAAAGAUACAAAGCUACACAAUUAAAAAUGAUCAAGGCAUUAUAAACGUAUGGGAUAUUCAUUAAUACAAAAGUUUAUUGUCAUCUUUAACAUGACGCGAACAAUAAUCACACAUUAUAACAACAUUAGCAAUCGACAUGUCCGGCAACAUUUAUGUUCAGAUGAUUUGCAAAGAAAGGUUAAACACAGAGCUAUCUUGACCAUCAGCUUCUUUCGUUUGUGUGGGCAGAAGUAAAUGUUUAGCUCUCUUAGUUUUUUUAAAUGAUUCCAAACACGUUGCAGUAUCAUAUAUACCAUUGUUAAUCUCAAUGCUUUGCUUUAAAUUCAUCUCGCUUCCAAUCCUAUUUCAGCCUUACAUACUAAUUUCUUAUCUGCAACGAAAGAAAGUGGGGUCCAAAUGUGUAGAUUUUGCCCCAUUUUGUAUGCCAGUACGCCCGUUUAUAUUUCCUCCUAAUAUGGCGGCCGAAGAUACCAAUACGCAUGUCUGAGAAUUAUCUGAUUCUGACAUCAUGUAUUGCAUUCUAAUAUCUAUCAGUCACAAUUUAAAAAAAAUUAAAGCAUUAAACAACCACAACCACAACCCUAUUCUAAUAUUCAUUAUAGUAGUAAUACUCAGAAUAGUCAUUUCUUCGUCAACAUUAUCUUUAUUUGGGAUUGUAUGCAAUGGCCAUUUCGUUGUGGUGGCUAUAAAAGGAUGCUAUCCAUCAGUGUUACUAUUCAUAUCUAUGACUACAAUGUGAUGCUGCUAUAUUUAUCACUAUUUUCAGGUUUGAUCCCAUAGUAACUUUAUGUAAUCCAUGUAAUGUAUUCUGAUAUCAGGUUAUACAACAUUAAUUGCAUCUAUUAUGUACUGCACCUUAACUUUUGGGAUUGUAAUGCAUAUGUGUUUAUCUAUGUGUUAAACUGUCGCUUUUAAUGUACAGCCACAACUGUAUUUGAGGGUAUUUUGUGAACGUCGAUUAUCAUGUUUAAAAUGAAAGUUAUAUUAUAGAACUAUAUGUGUUCCAAAAUGAAUUCUACGACAAUAUGGCUGUAUUUUAAGAUUUGUAAUGAAUUGAAUUACAGCAAAAGUGAUUAUAACUGUUAUAUGUAUAUAAAGCAUAGUACAUGAACUUUUUACCAUCAAUAUUUUUUGGCUUCAUGUGCGGUCUGUUUAAGGUUGAUGAAAUGCUUGUUAUUUAUAUCAAACUUAUCCAGUUACAAACAUAGCAAGCAUAUGCAUAGCAUAGGAAGCAAACAAUGAAAUCGAUACAUGCAUGAGAAUGAGCUUAAUAUACGGAAACGAUUCUGUUACUUUCACUAGCAAACAAUGGUUAAAGUCCCCGGUCAUAGCUAUAUAUAUUGGCAGAAUCGUAAGAAAACGUGUUUUUAUUGAGGAUAUCACUACAAUUCCGGUUGAAAUCGGUUGAAAACAAACAAUAUAGCGAUAUUUAUUUUGGGGUCGAGUGCAGUAAAGUACGAGAACGACAUAAUUAAUAUUCAUGAUUCGACACGUUAUUUCAAACGUAAACAAACAAAAUUGCGGAUACGGGCGUAUUUUUAGCGGAAAGAAGGGAAGAACAAAUGCAAAUACAUCUGUUACAGACGGAAACUUAGCAAAAGCUAAAUGUAGAUAUAAUUUACAUAACUCGCAUAUUUUCACCUAAAGCAUGUAUUUAUUUAAGAAUUGAUUCUUAUUUUUCGGGCGUUUAUGCAGUAUGAACGCUCAGGGCGAGUUUUGAAAAUUC